UGUGAUUUUGCGUGCGCGAUACAAAUGGAAAAAAACUCCUGAGUUUAUUGAUUAAUAUCUAAAAGUAAUCGAAGAAUCUGAAUUUCCUGAAUUUUAGGAAGCUUCUCGAGGCGACGGGCAUCUGAUAAGUGCCGAACGUGAAGUAACGAGUGCAACUAAACGACGCUAAAUUUCAAAAUGGGAAAUCAGAAGAAAGGCUUUAAUGGCGCGAUCGACGCGUCAAGAUGCCGUUGACAGGCACGUGAAAUGUCCUCCAAUUAUAAGAAGCCUAAACAGCCGUGGCUUCUUCGUAGAACUGUCGCAAUAAACCCGCGUGACGCAAACUUGCAUAAUGUAUCUCUGUCUCAUCCAGCCUACCAUCAGCUGCAUACGAGUGCUCGGAUUGCACAAAUUUUCCCCGGACAAGAUAUAUGCACACAUUAUAGUUGUAUGUAUGUGCGUACGCUUGUGUAUAUAGAACAUCAAAAUACUGUUCAAUUGGAAUUGCGAAAAAUGCUGCCAGACUUGGUUAACCCGAAACUAUGCCACGAAUUUUAUUUUGUACAUCGGCUGGAUUAUCCUACGAGCGGCAUCAUGUGCAUAGCAUUAAAUAAAAAAGCAGCCAGAGCAGCAUCGUUUGCUUUUGAAAAUCAAAAAGUACAAAAGUUCUACUUAGCAUUGGUACAUGGUCAUAUACGUGAACCUCAUGUCAUAAUCAACAAGCCUAUUGGCGAUGAUAUUCGUGAAAAAAAUGGUAAUCAUAAAAUGUGUACAAAUGACAGUGUCUUUUGUGAAAAGCCACGUAAUUCUUAUACAGUAUUGAUGGUGUUGGAACAUGGAUUUUGGAAAAACAAGCCUGCUACUAAAAUAUUACUUGCACCUGGCACAGGCAGACGGCAUCAAUUGAGAGUACAUUGUCAUUAUAUUGGUCAUACAGUUAUCGGAGAUUAUACAUAUAGUGAUGGCAAAGAUAUACAGCCUCAUAGAACUUAUCUCCAUUCUCUUAGAUUAAUAUUAAACUGUGAUAUUGAAAAUAUAGAUGUAAGAACAAUAGAUCCAUUUAAUGCUUCCAUAUUAUCUGAUUAUAAAGUGAAAAAUAUAAUAAAAAUCUUCGAUGAAAAUAUAUUUCACAAUAUAAAUAAACUAAUGAAAUAA